CCAAACUCAAUUAUCAGCAUCUGUAUCAGAUCUGCAUGGAGUCCCCUAUAAAUAUAUGAUCAUAGCAGCAAUAUACUUCAUACUUGAAGAAAAAGCUAUAGCUAGUCCACAAGUGCAGAAAGUUAAUCAUGCCUGUCCAAGCUACUCCAGCAGCUGAAUCCCAGAUCAUCUCUAAGCCGGAAGUUGUUCGGCGCACAGCAAAUUUUAAACCUAGCGUUUGGGGAGAUCGGUUUGCUAACUAUGCCGAAGACAUUAUAACUCAAACUCAAAUGCAAGAACAAGUUGAGGAGCUGAAACAAGUAGUGAGGAAGGAAGUAUUCACUAAUGCUGCUGAUGAUUCUUCACAUCAACUGAAGCUAAUUGAUGAAAUCCAGCGCCUCGGUGUGGCUUACCAUUUCGAAAGCGAAAUAGAUCAAGCCCUGGAACGUAUACAUGAGACAUAUCAAGAUAUUCAUGAUGGUGGUGAUCUGUACAAUGUUGCUCUUCGUUUUCGGCUACUCAGGCGACAUGGAUAUAAUGUUUCCUGCGAUGUAUUCAACAAGUUCAAAGAUACUAAUGGUGACUACAAGAAAAGCUUGGUCACUGAUCUUUCUGGUAUGCUGAGCUUUUAUGAGGCGGCCCAUCUGAGGGUGCAUGGAGAAAAAUUACUUGAAGAGGCUCUGGUUUUUACCACCACUCAUCUCCAGUCAGCAAGUGCAAAAAGCUCUUUGCUGAAAACACAAAUAACUGAAGCCGUAGAGAGACCUCUACUAAAAACUAUGGAGAGGUUAGGUGCUCGGCGUUACAUGUCAAUAUAUCAAGAUGAAGCUUCAUACAGUGAAAAUUUACUGAAACUUGCAAAAUUAGAUUUUAAUGUUGUUCAGUGUUUACACAAAAAGGAACUCAGUGACAUUCUAAGAUGGUACAAGGAACUGGACUUUGCAAGGAGGAUGCCUUUUGCUCGAGAUAGGAUCGUGGAGUUGUUCUUUUGGAUAGCAGGAAUAUAUUUCGAACCUGAAUACGUCUUUGGGAGACACAUUCUGACUAAACUGAUUGAGAUAACAACAGUAAUGGAUGAUAUGUAUGAUGCAUUCGGUACAUUCGAAGAACUCGUCAUCUUGACUGAAGCAAUUGACAGGUGGGAUGCAAGUUGCAUGGAUCAACUGCCAGACUAUAUGCAACCAUUUUAUAUAACACUUCUGGAUGUUAUCGAUGAAGUUGAAGAGGAGCUGACAAAGCAAGGAAGAUCUUACCGAAUUCACUACGCAAAAGAAAUUAUGAAGAAUCAAGCCAGGCUCUACUUCGCUGAGGCCAGAUGGUUCCACGAAGGAUGCACCCCAAAAAUGGAUGGGUAUAUGCGAGUUGCGGCAUCUUCUGUCGGUAACACCAUGCUUUCCGUCGUGUCUUUAGUAGGCAUGGGAGACAUUAUAACAAAAUUUGAAUUCGAGUGGCUGACCAAUGAGCCUAAAAUCCUUAGAGCUUCGAAUACCAUAUUUAGGCUUAUGGAUGACAUUGCUGGGUACAAGUUUGAGAAAGAGAGAGGGCAUGUUGCUUCUAGUAUUGAUUGCUACAUGAAUGAAUACGGGGUUUCAGAGCAAGAGACAAUUGAUAUCUUCAACAAACGAAUUGUGGAUUCGUGGAAGGAUAUAAACGAAGAGUUUCUGAGACCCACUGCUGCUCCAGUCCCUGUGCUUAAUCGUGUUCUUAACCUAACCCGAGUGGUUGAUCUGCUUUACAAAAGGGGAGAUGCCUUCACGCAUGUCGGAAAACUGAUGAAAGAUUGUAUUGCUGCAAUGUUUAUUGAUCCAGUGCCACUCUGAACUCAUCGGAUCAGUCAUCACAUUCAGUCUCCUGAUGCUAGCGUUUGCUUUUUAUUUGAAUGUAUUCUUGAAUAAGACGAUGCACCUCGAUCAAUUUGUGCUUCAGUGUUUCACGUACUGAUGAGUCCUAUCCUUUCUAGAAGAGGAACAUCAAUGUUGGUUUGCUAAUAAAGCUUUAUUGUUUGAAUGUCGGGUUGAUAAUUCUUAACUAAUUAUGUUGUCUA